AUGUGGAAUUUAACGGGAUUUGUCUUUGUGGAAAGGCUGAUGGGAGUGGAGGGGCUUCAGGCGACAGUGUGCUCCCGGUGGGGUGCACCGGGCAACAAGAGCCUCUUCCAGGAUGGAGAUGUGGUUAUCGGCGGGCUUUUUAGUGUGCAUUACAUACCUUCAGCUGUAGAGCAAGACUUCACCAAGCUGCCUCAAUAUGAACCUUGUAAUGGUUUAGAUCAACAGUCUUUAAAAUAUAUGUAUGCUAUGGCCUUUGCGGUGGAGGAAAUCAAUCGUAACAGCAGCCUCCUACCGGGACUGAAGUUGGGCUACCGCAUACUAGAUAGCUGUGGCCGAUACCCCUGGGCUCUGCAGACAGCACUGUCACUGGUCGGAGGAGACGCACACAGAUGCAGCACAGCAGCCUCUCCGCUUCAUUCUGCAGCUUACGAACAAGCUUUAGAGAAAGCAGGUUGGACUGCUCCUUUGCUCAUUGGUGCUGCUUCAUCUACAUCAGGCAUAAUGCUGUCCAGGAUCCUGAGGUCUCUCUCUAUCAGCUUCUUGGCUAGUUGCCCCUGUCUUAGUGACAGAUCCAAGUUUCCGAACUUCUUCAGAACAAUCCCCAGUGAUAUUUAUCAAGCUCGAGCCAUGGCACAACUAGCUAUACGCCUUCACUGGACGUGGAUUGGAGCUGUGCAUGUAAACAAUGAUUAUGGUCAACUUGCGAUACAGGUAUUCCAGGAAGAGAUUCAAGGGAAAGGGGUAUGCUUGGAAUUUAUAGAGCCUGUUCACAGGGAAACUAUUGUGAGAGAUGCCGAACGUGCAGCACUCACCAUCCAAGCUGCGACUGCAAGAGUGAUUCUGGUCUUUACUUGGUAUACAGAUGCAAAGAAAGUAUUUCUGGAACUGGCCAAGAGAAAUGUGACUGGUAGACAGUUUCUGGCCAGCGAGGCUUGGAGCACAAGUGAUGAUCUUCUCCAGGAUGCUGCCGUCUCUAAGGUGGCUAGAGGUGUUCUAGGUGUGGCCAUACGAAGUUCAACAAUGCCUGGAUUUGAAAAUUAUCUCAGACGUUUGCACCCAGUUCAUCGUCCUGAUGAUGAAUUCUUGAGAGAAUUCUGGGAGAAAGAGUUUGGGUGCAGCCAGGUGGACAAAUUUUCAUAUUCGCCUUCAUCACUCAGAGCAGACCGUUCGUCAGACGUUUUCACCUCAAGCCUUCAAAAAGCUUCUCUACCUCCGUGCAGCGGGAAAGAAUCCUUAGAGGGAGUGCAGCAUCCCUUUGUAGACACUUCUCAGCUAAGAGUUGCAUAUAAUGUGUACCUUGCUGUUUAUGCUGCAGCUCACGCCCUACACAGCCUCCUCUCCUGCCCCAACAGAGACCCUCCUCCUGGAAACAACAUCUCCACUUGCGUCUCUCCAAAGCACAUUAAACCCAUAGAGCUGUUGCAGCACUUAAACAAAGUGAACGUCACCACCCCGCACGGAGAAAUGUUUUAUUUCCAAGGAGCUGACUUUCCAGCAAAGUACGACCUUGUCAACUGGCAGAAAACCCCUGAAGGGCUCCUAAAACUGGUUUUGAUUGGCCGUGUGGAUGGGUUUGAUCUACACCUUAAUGAGUCAGCUAUUCAGUGGAGCACAGGAUCCAAUCAGGUGCCUGUUUCGGUGUGCAGUGAAAGAUGCCCCCCAGGUACUCGGACAGCAAACAGGAAAGGGGAACCUGUCUGCUGUUUUGACUGCAUCCCCUGUGCUGAUGGGGAGAUCAGCAAUAUGACUGGCUCUCUUCACUGUGAACGAUGUCCGUCUGAGUUCUGGUCCAAUGUCGAUAGAACUGCCUGCAUCCCUCGCCAGCUGGACUUCCUUUCCUUUAAUGAAACUUUGGGUAUUACUUUAACUACAGCAGCUGUGUCUGGUGCCGUAGUAACAACAGCUGUGUUUGUGGUUUUUCUUCACCACCGUCAAACACCUUUGGUACGAGCCAACAACUCGGAGCUGAGCUUCCUGCUUCUUCUGUCACUCAAGCUCUGCUUCCUGUGCUCACUGGUGUUCAUUGGUCGUCCGUCAGUCUGGUCUUGUCGGUUCCAGCAGGCUGCAUUUGGGAUCAGCUUUGUACUCUGUGUUUCCUGCCUCCUGGUGAAAACCAUAGUGGUUCUGGCUGUGUUCCGCUCAGCUCGGCCCGGAGCCGAAGCUUUGAUGAAGUGGUUUGGUCCUGGCCAACAGAGAGGAAGUAUCUGCUUCUUCACAUGCAUACAGGUUAUCAUCUGUGCCAUAUGGCUGUCCCUCAGCCCCCCGAUGCCUCAACGUGAUCUGGGUUUUAAAGGGUCAAAGGUCACUGUGGAGUGCGCCAUGGAAUCUGUGGUCGGGUUCUCUCUGGUUCUGGGCUACAUCGGCCUGCUGGCCUGCACCUGCCUCCUCUUGGCCUUUCUUGCUCGGAAACUCCCUGACAAUUUCAAUGAAGCUAAACUGAUCACCUUCAGCAUGCUGAUUUUCUGUGCCGUUUGGGUGGCCUUUGUGCCCGCUUAUGUCAGUUCUCCUGGGAAGUAUGUUGUCGCUGUGGAAAUAUUUGCAAUUCUUGCCUCUAGCUACGGUUUACUACUCUGUAUUUUUGCCCCAAAAUGUUUCAUUAUUCUUUUAAGACCUGAGAAAAACACUAAGAAAUACCUGAUGGCAAGAUAG